GUUUGUUUCCCGUGAACGCGCGAGCGCACGCACAAUUGCCAUGUUCCAGCCAUGCUCCAAUAUUCGUGUGUGAGAAUUUGGGCUGUUUGGUAAUAAGCUAAAGACCAACGUGGAGCUGACGUUGGUAAAACGUUGGCAUUUUGACGCCGAUCUCCGCUCCUUUAUCCAGCUCCUUUAUCCAGCGUUCUAAAAAAUACUGCCAACAACAGACCAACGUUGGUCUGACUUCGAAUUUCGACGUGCGACAUAGACAACAUUUGGCAGCAUACUGUUGCUAUCUGGGCCCGGGGGGCGGGGUGGGGGAGUUUCAGCAGCGCCUCCAUCGGGUUGGCUGUGCUCUGCUCCGGCGCUCAGAGCUGCUGGAGGAGCGGACCCGACUCAGUCAUGAAAACAGCGGCUUUAAUAACAGCGACCGCCUGCCUGGCGGUUCUUUACUGCGUCUGCGCUUCUCCUAUUUUAACUGAGGAAGAUGAGUUUGCCUUCAAAACCUGGAUGUCUGAGCACAAUAAAAAAUACAGCCCGGAUGAGUACUACCAGAGGCUGCAGAUUUUCACUGAAAACAAGAGAAGGAUCGACCAUCACAAUGCAGGAAGCCACACAUUCAGAAUGGGACUAAACCAGUUCUCAGAUAUGACCUUUGCUGAAUUCAAGAAACAUUACCUUAUGAAACAGACCCCGGGAUGAAUGUGGGCUGGGGAAGAAGAACUCCAGUCAGACUGGCUGGAGGCAGCCUUAGCUCCCUUUAUGAAGAGUUUUUUUCUUUGAUUUUAAUAAAGAUUUUCUGUCUUAACAUUA